CCGGCGCACCAGGGACUUCCGUCCAGCUCCUUCCUUCUGCAUCAUCAAAGUUGACAGCAAAAACAUACAAAGUUUUGAAAGUUUACUGCCUCUGACAAAAACCAGCAGCUGACGCCGCCGAUCAUUGACCUCCAUCACUAUGACUUCACUAACAAUGAUCGCUCGUGUGGCAGACGGACUACCGCUCGCUGCGUCCAUACAGGAAGAUGAACAGUCAGGAAGAGACCUCCAGCACUACCAGAGCCAAGCCAAGCAGCUGUGCCGUAAACUGAAUGCUCAAAGUCCGGACCGCUGUACCCUGGAGGCCGGGGACAUGAACUUCCACUAUUUAAUAGCACAAGGUGUAUGCUACCUGUUCCUCUGUGAGGCUUCAUUUCCCAAAAAGUUGGCUUUUGCAUACCUUGCAGACCUUCACAGUGAGUUCUACGACCAGUAUGGAAGGAGAGUGCCGACAGUAACGAGGCCGUACUCUUUCAUCGAGUUUGACACAUACAUCCAGAAAACAAAGAAGUCAUACGUUGACAGCAGGGCCAGGAGGAACUUUGGCAGUAUUAACACAGAGCUACAGGAUGUCCAGAGAAUUAUGGUGGCAAACAUUGAGGAAGUUCUGCAAAGAGGAGAAUCUCUUUCUGCUCUCGACACAAAAGCUAGCAAUCUGUCCAGCCUGUCGAAGAAGUACCGCAGCGAUGCCAAAGACCUCAACACCCGCUCCACAUACGCCAAGGUGGCUGCUGUGUCCGUGUUCUUCCUCACACUCAUCAUCUAUGUGCGCUUCUGGUGGCUCUGAUGUGGCUCAAACAAGGACUUUGACAUAAGGCAGAGGGUGUUUGAUUUUCAAAAGCAAGGAAUUUCAAGUAUCCAGUUACAUUUCUCUUAUACAGCAGGGUGCCUUAAGGGAUCAUAUACAGUCUGUUCCUAAAGAAGGUAGACAUUCUCUGUGGUCUGUCUUGUGCUUUGAAUACAAAGUAUAGUAUAAUGUAAACUGAGCCAUAGGUCUUCUCUGUAUGGAAGCACAUGCUUCAUGAUGAGUUCAUGUACCUCUGUUAACUGGAAUAUUAAGAGCAGGUGUUGAGGACUUACUGAUAUUUAAAAAGUGGUGGAGGGGUUUCUUUCAGAGUUUCAGGAGAAACCACGGUGGUGUGAAGUUGUAAUACUGUGAUAAAAGAAUGUUUACAUUGUAACAAAGUCUUAUUGAAAAUAUUAAAUAUUUAUCAAAUUGUA